AUAAAAUAUGAACUUAGGGGAGGAAAAAAUCUUACUCCAAAAAAAAUCAAAAGAUAAAAAAAUACAGAAAUAUGUCUAUUAGCACAAAAAUAUGAGAAAAACAUGCAGAGGCAGCAAUAACACUGUAACGUAAAACAAAAUAAUGUAUAAAAAGAAUGUAAGUAGACUUAAGUUCUUUAAAGACAAAGUUUGUCAGAUCGAAUCGAAAAAACACCUAGCAAUAUGUCACGGCUAAACCUUAAUGCCGACGGAGGAAGAUACAGCAGAGUCAAUGGACAGGGUUCUGCCACUACCUUCCCUUUCCCAUCUGUCUCGGUUCGCCUCCGACUGUCUUCAGCCUCUCUCAGGUUUUGACCCGGUCCAUUCCCGUCCCCAACUCCCUCCUCAGCCUCUUUCCUCCCCGGCUGGAGGCGGCGAAGCGAGGAGGCUUAACGUCCAGCCCGUCUCCCUAAACCAACCGGCUCGCUCCACACGGCGGCCAUGGGGACGUUACCGGGGGGCGGGCCUCACACUGUCGCGCUCUAUUUCUCGGCCCGCCCUUCCGCGAUUGGUGAGGACGAGGGCACGUCACGCCGACUAUAAAAGAAAGGGUUUGUGACGGAGGCGCGCCUCGGGGAGCGCCGAUUGGCUCUCUUGACGCGAACGCUCGGUGGAUCUGGGAGUUGCGCCGCCGUUCUCUCCGCGACGACAGCCAUAGCUCCCUCCUCUUCAGCCGACGCCACCGCCGCCUGUGCUGCGGGACCGGCUGUAUGGUUAGGCCACAGUCUUUCAUGAGUAAACUAAGUCCUUCCUGUGGUGGUGUUGGUCACGCAUUUAUGGAGUUUCUGAAGGUCCCCGGAGACUACUGCCAGGCACAGCACGGCCUUCAUGAGGAGAAGUGAACUGUAGAAAUUCGUCACUGCUCCACCAAGAAGCCCUCAUAGGAGCGUCACCCUGGACACAGACGUGUGUUCUUGAAACCAUCGGAGCCUUUUACAAGAAUUCCGACCCGGAUGGGGUAAACCUCGGUGCUCUUCCUUUCCAUUGACUCAGUCUUAUUGAACUGAAGGAUGGCUUCGUGUUAGGAGGUUCAUUUCAUUUCCUUGUUACUCCCAAUUUCGUAUCUAAAGCAUUGAGAAUUUCGAGUGGGGCAUAUUGGAGUAGGGUUCAGUUUCUUUACAUCAUUUCUGCGUUCAGAAAUUUAAUUUUUUUUUUUUCUGUAACGUAUCGAGUUUGUUUUUUUUUUUUUUUUUUAACUAAAUUAACAUGGCUCCACUGACCCGCCCAGCUCCUGUGGAAGUCACAUACAGGAACAUGAGAUUUCUUAUUACACACAAUCCAAGCAGUGCAACCUUAAGCAAAUUCAUAGAGGACCUUAAGAAGUACGGAGUUACGACAAUAGUAAGAGUGUGUGAAGCAACUUAUGACACUGCUCUGGUGGAGAAAGAAGGCAUCCAGGUUUUGGAUUGGCCCUUUGAUGAUGGUUCAUCACCCUCUAACCAGAUCGUGGAUGACUGGUUAAGUCUUUUAAACAUUAAAUUUCGGGAAGAACCUGGUUGUUGCAUUGCUGUUCACUGUGUUGCAGGUCUUGGGAGAACUCCAGUGCUUGUCGCUCUGGCAUUAAUGGAAGGUGGAAUGAAAAAUGAAGAGGCGGUCCAGUUUAUAAGACAAAAGCGGCGUGGAGCUUUUAACAGCAAGCAACUUUUAUAUUUGGAGAAAUAUCAUUCUAAAAUGCGGCUGCGCUUCAAAGACUCCAGUGGCCAUAGAAACAACUGUUGCAUUCAAUAAAACUUGCCUGCCUCAUGCUGUUGUCUUGGACAUGGAACUUGAGACAGGACUUAAUUUAUCAUAUGUAUUAACAUAGGCUUAAUGAAUGACAAGUCUAAUGAAGCUUCCCAUAGGAAUACUGAACAGCCACAAGUGUGGCAAAAUUGCAGCCUCUUUAACUUACUACUAUUCCCAUGCCAGAAAUAAUGUAUAAGAAACUGAGAGAUUAGGUACCAAAAUACUCAGCACAAUACUGGUAUAUUUUUAGUAUCAUAGAGAUUUAAAACCCUAGGAAUUAGGAACAGCACUGUAAACCAUAUGAGGUUUAUUCCUCUAGUCAUCUCAAAUAUUGCAAGUAAGACCUUUAUGAUUGCCUGCUCCUAUGUUUACCACCCCACAUGUGUACCUGUGUGCAUCAGGUUUGUGUAACAAUUGAUUCUGUUGAAUUCUUAACUAGGCUUAGUGAUUAUUGUCU